UUUUGUGUGAUUAUGGGUGGGUUUUAUUGAUAGGCGUUGAAAGAGCCCCUCUAAAGACUUUGCAUUGAUUUUCUAAUAAGACUAAAGUACAUUUUUGGACUGUCACUCUUUUUGAAUCAUGUCUGGUGAGGUGCGUUUGAAAAAGCUGGAAAAACUGAUCCUGGAUGGCCCUGUCCAGUCUAAUGGACAGUGUUUUAGUGUGGAAGCCCUUCUGGAUGUACUCAUAUGUCUUUAUGAUGAAUGCAUCAACUCCCCACUCAGAAGAGAGAAGAAUAUUGCUGAGUUUUUGGAAUGGGCUAAACCGUUCACCUCUAAAGUGAAACAGAUGCGACUGCAUAAGGAAGACUUUGAAAUCCUAAAGGUUAUUGGACGAGGAGCUUUCGGAGAGGUAGCAGUUGUAAAGGUGAAAAGUUCAGACAAGGUGUUUGCCAUGAAGAUCCUCAACAAGUGGGAGAUGUUGAAAAGAGCAGAGACAGCAUGUUUUCGGGAGGAACGGGACGUGCUGGUGAACGGGGACUGUCAGUGGAUCACUACAUUGCACUACGCCUUUCAGGACGAGAACUUCCUGUACCUGGUUAUGGAUUACUAUGUGGGUGGCGACCUCUUGACCCUGCUUAGUAAGUUUGAGGACCGAUUACCGGAGGACAUGGCACGAUUCUAUUUGGCUGAGAUGGUUCUGGCAAUUGAUUCUGUGCAUCAGCUUCACUACGUUCACAGAGACAUCAAGCCAGAUAAUAUUCUUAUGGAUGUAAACGGACAUAUACGGCUCGCAGACUUUGGCUCCUGCCUAAAACUCAUGGAAGAUGGAACGGUGCAGUCCUCGGUUGCUGUGGGAACGCCAGAUUACAUCUCUCCAGAGAUCCUGCAAGCCAUGGAGGAUGGGAAGGGGAAAUAUGGUCCAGAGUGUGACUGGUGGUCACUGGGCGUCUGUAUGUAUGAGAUGAUGUACGGGGAAACGCCUUUCUAUGCCGAGUCCUUGGUGGAAACGUAUGGCAAGAUUAUGAACCAUAAGGAGCGCUUCCAGUUCCCUUCCCAUGUGAUGGAUGUCUCAGAGAAUGCCAAAGAUUUGAUCCGAAGGCUCAUCUGCAGCAGAGAGCACAGGCUGGGGCAAAACGGCAUUGUGGACUUCAAACAGCACCCGUUCUUUUCUGGCAUCGACUGGGAGAACAUCCGCAACUGUGACGCCCCCUACAUCCCUGAAGUCAGCAGUCCUUCUGACACUUCAAACUUUGAUGUGGAUGACGAUUGCCUCAAGAACACGGAGACAAUGCCUCCUCUGUCCCACACCGCCUUCUCUGGACACCAUCUCCCAUUUGUAGGUUUCACCUACACCAGCAACUGUACGCUGUCAGACAGUGGCUGUCUACGGGAGUCUGCGGCACUUGCGCAGAUAGACGUAUGUGUGCAGCGCAGCAUGGAGGACAGUCUAGCUAGUGAAGCGUAUGAAAGAAGAAUCCGCCGUCUGGAGCAGGAGAAACUAGAGCUCAGUCGCAAACUACAAGAGUCCACUAAGACAGUUCAGGCUCUGCAAUACUCCAGUGGAGACGGGACUGUGUCUGCCAAUAGAGAGUUUGAAAUCUGUGGACUCAAAGAAGAGAUUGAGACCUUGAGGAAGCAGAUCUCAGACACAGGGCAGGUAGAGCAGCAGUUAGAACAGGCCAGUGCCGCCCACAAAGAUCUGGAAGAGUCCUCCAAACAGAUCCGAUCUCUGGAGAAACAGCUCAAGAGCAUGAAGCAUGAGAGAGAUGACCUGCAGAAGGGCCUUCAGGAGUCCUCUGAAAAGCUGAAAGCUCAAGGGAAGGAGUUGAAGGAAGCAGAAAGCCAGAGGAAAGUAGCCAUGCAGGAGUUUGGCGAGGUGAGCGUGAGGGUGACAGAGCUGCGAUCACACAAGCAGCGUCUCACAAGACAGCUCAGGGACAAAGAGGAGGAAAUGGACUCUCUCAACCAGAAGGUGGAGGCACUACGACUAGAUGUGCGCAAAGCUGAGAGGGCCAAGAAAGAGAUGGAGGCCCAGGCUGAAGAGUGGUCUGCUGAGGCUCAGAAGGAGAAGAAGUUGAGAGAACGCAGUGAGCAGUAUAGCAGACAACUGGAAGACGAGCUGGAGGGAAUGAAGCAGAAGCAUGUGGGUCGUUCUCCAAGUGUUGGCUCCACUGAACAGAACCAAGAUUUCAGUAAACUACGAGCAGAACUGGAGAAGAAGACUCUGUUCUAUGAAGAGGAACUGUCCCGCAGAGAACUUCAGCACACCAAUGACCUGAAGAACCUGAAGAAAGAGUUACGAGAGGCCGAAGGACAGCAGCUCUCCCUGAAGAAAGAGAUCAUGAUGCUCAAAGACAAGCUGGAGAAGACCCGCAGAGAGAGUCAGAGUGAACGAGAAGAGUUUGAGACUGAGUACAAACAGAAGUAUGAGAGAGAGCGUGUUCUGCUGAUAGAGGAGAACAAGAAACUCUCCAUUGGACUUGACAAGAUGACUUCCUCGUUUGAGAAGUUGAGUUGCAGUAACAGACAGCUGGAGGACGAGAUGAGAGAGAUGGCUGACAAGAAAGAGAAUGUGGCUCACUGGGAGGCCCAGAUCACUGAAAUCAUUCAAUGGGUCAGUGAUGAGAAGGAUGCUCGGGGGUAUCUACAGGCUUUGGCUACUAAGAUGACUGAGGAACUUGAGGGUUUGAGGUACACCAGCCUGGGUGAACAAGCUACUGACAUGCCAUGGAAGAGGAGACGUUUGGCUAAGCUGGACAUGUCUGCUCGUCUGGAGCUGCAAUCUGCACUGGAGGCUGAGAUAAGAGCUAAACAAACCAUUCAAGAUGAGCUCAACAAAGUCAAGGCGUCCCAUAUGGCCACUGAAUGCAAGGUGAAGGAGUCUGAGAAGAUAAACCUGGAAAUGCAGGCAGAGAUCCAGAUACUAAAACAGGAAAAUGAAAGUCUGCACAUAUCUAAAGGUGUCAAGCACCAAGACUCCCACAAUUCCUUUUUGGCAUUCCUCAAUGCUCCAACCUCUGCCUUGGAUCAGUUUGAUCGCUCCACUGCCUGUGGCCCAGCCGGCAGAGGCAGACGUAUCGACUCCAUUGAUAACUUCAGCCUGUCUAACACACCUUCCCGGGAGGAUGAUGGAAAAUCCCAGGUCACGUCCCACUCUCGCUCGCCCUCAACCACAAGCGAUAUGGAGCCCCAUGAGCAGGUGGAUCAACCACAGCAAGGUGCACAAACUUCCAUACGGUCGGGAUACAGCAGCUCUAGUCACAGCACACCUAAACCAAAAGCCCAUCAGUUCGUGGUGAAGUCCUUCACUACGCCCACUAAAUGUAACCAGUGUACGUCUCUGAUGGUGGGAAUAAUCCGUCAGGGCUGUACGUGUGAAGUGUGUAACUUCUCUUGUCAUGUGACGUGUGCGGACAAAGCCCCUGCUGUUUGUCCGAUCCCACCAGAUCAAACCAAAGGACCGCUGGGUAUCGACCCCCAGAAGGGAAUCGGUACGGCCUAUGAGGGGCACGUCAAGGUGCCUAGGCCACUAGGUGUAAAGAAGGGCUGGCAGAGAGCCAUUGCUGUGAUAUGUGACUUCAAGCUCUUCUUAUAUGAUCUCCCUGAAGGCAAAGCUGCUCAGCCUGGUGUCAUAGUGAACCAGGUCAUUGACAUGAGGGAUGAGGAAUUCUCAGUUAGCUCCGUUCUGGCAUCAGAUGUCAUUCAUGCAAACUGGAAAGACAUUCCCUGUAUCUUUAGGGUGACAGCAUCUCAGCUGUCCUCCCCCAGCUGUAAGAAAUGUUCCAUCUUGAUCCUGGCAGACAGUGAUCAGGAGAGAACCAAGUGGGUCGGCGUCCUGAAUGAACUGCAUCGUCUCUUGAAGAAGAGCAAACUGAAAGAACGCAGUGUUUACAUCCCUAAAGAAGCAUAUGACAGCGCCCUGCAUCUCAUCAAAACCACACAAUCUGGUGCUAUUAUAGAUCAUGAGAGAAUAGCUCUGGGCAGUGAGGAGGGAUUGUACAUUAUUCAUGUUACCAAAGAUUAUAUUAUCAAGGUAGGAGACAAUAAGAAGGUCCAUCAAAUUGAGCUGAUCCCAUCUGAACAGCUAAUCGCUGUGAUAUCAGGACGAAACGGUCACGUGCGACUCUACCCCAUGGUUGCCCUGGACGAUCGCGAGGCCGACUUCUACAAGAUAGCCGAGACAAAAGGUUGCCACUCCCUGGUUUCAGGCACAAUCAGACACGGUUCUCUCACCUGCCUCUUCGUGGCUAUGAAAAAAACUGACAAGGUGAUCAUUUACGAACUCAAUAAGAGUAAAACACGACAUCGGAAGCUUUGGGACAUCCUGGUCCCGGGAACCGUGCAGUGGAUGGGGCUGCAUGGCGAGAAGCUUUGCGUGGGCUUCCAGUCCGGGUUCCUGUGCUACAAUCUUCAGGGCGAUGGAGCUCCCAAUAGCCUCCUCCAUCCAGACGACCACACGCUGGCCUUCAUCGAGCAGAUGAAUCUGGAUGCGCUCUGUGCAGUGGAGAUCUCCAGUAAAGAGCUGCUUUUGUGCUUCAGCAGUAUCGGCGUUUAUGUGGACUGCCAGGGCAGACGGUCACGACAACAGGAGCUGAUGUGGCCGGCCACGCCCACCGCCUGCCGAUAUAAUGCACCUUAUCUGUCAGUGUACAGUGAGAAUGCAGUGGAUGUGUUUGACGUCAACACUAUGGAGUGGAUUCAAACGAUGCUUUUGAAAAAGGUUCACCCUCUGAACGCUGACGGCUCUCUCAACCUGCUGGGACUGGAAACCAUAAGGCUCAUCUACUUUAAAAACAAGACAGCAGAGGGUGAUGAGCUGGUGGUCCCAGAGACAUCAGAAAACAGCCGCAAACAGAUGGUGCGCAGUAUGGCGAGCAAACGGCGCUUUUCUUUCCGUGUGCCGGAGGAAGAGCGAGUUCUGCAGAGGAGGGAGAUGUCGAGAGACCCAGAAAUGAGGAAUAAGUUAAUAUCAAACCCAACAAACUUCAACCAUGUUGUUCAUAUGGGCCCUGGAGACGGAAUACAAAUACUCAAGGAUCUGCCAAAGCCCUGUUCUCCUCUCCCCUCUCCCCGCCUGUGCCUCAUCUCCUCCCCCACCAGCUUUGAGCAUGUCUAUCACAUGACUGUUACCUCUGCUGACAACUUCCUGUCCCAGGAUUCCUCCCCUCUCUCCUCCCACUCCCUGUCCCUCAGCUCCGCCUCCGGGACCCCCACUUCCAUCUGCUCUUUGAACGUGCGUCCUCAAGAGAGUCGUGGUGUCCUGGGAGCAUCCGUCAGCAUUCCCUCCAUCAGCAAAGCCAGACCUGAACCGGGCCGAUCUGUGAGUGCCAGCAGUGGUCUCUGCACACGCUCCUCCUCCUCUCAAAAUGGCAGCACAAUGAGACGAGAGUUUUCCGGUGUCAACUAUGGUUCCACCAAACGGCAGAUGACAUCACCCUCUGAUGGCUCGCUCUCAUCCGGAGGGGGCGUGGACUGUGCGGGUGACACCCGACCCUCACAGUUUGACAGAGAGGAUUCAGAGUCACCUCGUCACUCCACAGCCUCCAACUGCUCCAACCUGAGCAGCCCACCAAGCCCCUCACCCCCACACAAGAGCAAGACUCAAUCUCUGGAGCGCGGUGAACACCUCGGAUGGGAGACAUGAGCUGGGCCCCUGCCCGGUGUCUCGUGACGUCAUUUGGGCCCCAGCCCCCCCUCUGACCUGAUAAACUGCUAUAGAGAGAGUCACAAAUUUAACAGAGACCAAGAGAUGACUCCUUAUAUAUUCCCAAACAUGCUGCUGGAGCCAGGUGUGUUUGCGUGUUUAGGUGUGGAUAUGCAUUACACAUGUGCAAAGACCUAUGGAGGUUUAUGCUAUUCUUACUUGCACACAAGUGUGCACCUUACAUACCUUUUGUGUGCACUCAACGCCACUUUUUUCUCUUCCUCUAGUGGAACGGGGAACAAACCACUGAGUUUAGCUUAAGUCUGCAAUCACCUACAGACAACUCAAAGCUUUAACUUGAGUUUUCAUCAGUGUUUGUUGAAAACCGCAUCAAGUGUGCCUCAACACAAGAAAAAAUAUGCUUUCAUAAGUGUUCAUCGGAUGGUAUUAUUAUAAACAUAUAAACAAAACACAUAACACUAAAGGUCAUGGAAACGUUCAUCAAAGAUCAUGGAAACCACCUAAAGAACACUUAGAAAUGCUGUUCAAUCCUAGCAUUCAGAUUUCAGUGCGACCAAAAAUAAUAUUCUACGCGAACUCUACGAGUUAGUGUUAACCUGUCAGAAAGAGCGCCCCUAGUUGUAGCACUACAGUAUAACUCGACCUCUGCACUCCAAUGCCAUGAAGACCUUCACAUUCAAAGGUCAAAGAAUACAUUCUGAGUUUAAUAAUGUAAAUAGAGUUUAAGUAGAGUAUAAUAUAUAAUGAAAAAAACAACACUAUUCGGAUGUUAAAUAAGUGUGACUUGGGUUUGACAGAGUAUUCUUUCCUUUUUAUGUUCCGUGUCAAGUUUCUAAACAUGCAGAUUUUAUUUGUCAAUUUGAUGUAAAAGAAGCAAAUUUUGUGUAUAAUCUGCAAAGGAACACACAAAAAACAUUGGCCCUCAUUCAUCAUGAAACACAAGCAGAAUUUAUUUUAGUUUAAAUAGUUUGCAAAAACCAUUUUUGCUUAAAUUGUCGCAUUGAAGGCAGCAUUCACAACGGCUGCAGUGAAAUUGUAAAGCAAUUCUUAAAUUGACGCAAGAAUGGUUUUACGUACCAAUUUCACAGGAAUUUGUUCUGCUCGUGAUUUAUAAAUGAGGCCCAUUGUGUGCAAGAACCAACUUAUGUACUACAUUAAAAACGUAUUAAACGUGCACCCAUAAACACGUACAUUUACAUGUGAUCAUAAAUUAGCUGUUGUGCUGAAUGUAACAGAAAUUCACAGCAGCCUCAUUCUAAAUUCCUCUUGCCUACAUCUGUUCUUCAUAAUUCUGUUACUGAAGCAAUUGUGCUGUUUCCAAAGACUUUUCUUUUAAUUAUUAAUGUUAUAUCAUUUUCUUUUAGUAUUUUGUUUAGUUUGUCAGUGUUUUAAGGUUUCAUUUAGUUUGUUUUAUACUAACUCACAAGAACCAAACUUUGCCUAAGGUGUACAUGUGAAAAUAGCAUGUACCUCUAGUGUCAGAAUAUUGAUACUUUUGUGUGACAAGGGGAACACUAAGGGGCCGUCGCAUCGAACAUGUUAUUGCACAAUGGGAAAAAAAUGCAAAAGGUGUGCAACGAAUAAAGCUGAAUGCAUGUGGUCUUGAGAUGCAGUUUUAAAAGUGGGAAGUGCUUUUAACUUGACACUGCUCUGUGUCAAAAUCGUGGAACUCCUGCACGAGGUGUCAGAAUUGUCAAAUAUGCCUGUGUAGAGCAGGUUUGAAGAGUAAACAUUUAAACAAAAAAAAAAGCAUACUGAUGCAAAAACACUUUCGUUGUGAACAGCCCCUUACACAUCAGGUCUAUGGAGUGAUUCUCCCCAGUGGAGAGCUUUCAAAUGGCUUCAAUGAUACAAUGCUAAGUCUCUGGUGCAUAAAGCUGUUGCCUUUUCCUUGAACUCUUCUGCAGCUCAUAAUGACACGACAGGGACCGCAAGGCAACAUUGAGAUUAAUUCAGCGAGGACAUACAGUAAAGCUGCUGUAGUGAUGUUUAAAUAUGCAGGGAAGUUAUAGAAUUCCAGAUUAGAACCAUCCCUGAAUCUGAAGAUACCUCAAAUUAGAGAGCCAAGCCAUUAUGACUUCAACAUAACCUCAUCAGAUCAAUAAUUUUGCUGUUAAUUUAUCCGAUUUCAGACACUACUUUAAUUGCCGGUAUUUAAUUAGACUCAGUAGUGCUAUCUCAGACUUGCUAAACUAAGAAAUGCAUCCCAGCCAUUCCUGUAAAGAACAUUUUGCAGAUCCAGUGAAAAUACAAAAUGUUCCAGGUUGUUCAUUAAAGAAAUUGUUCACCCAAAAAUGAUUUUCUCAUUAACUCACCCUCAUUUAAUUCCUAACCCAUAUAACUUAUAUGUAAUAUACGGAUAUAUUGCAGAAUGUCCAGCGUGCUCUUUUCCAUGCAGCAAAAAUAAAUGGGGACUGGAUCUGUCAAGCACCACAAAUGACGAAAAAGCACCAUUAAAGUAGUCCAUACGCCUUGUGCGCUAUAUUUUAAGUCUUGUAAAGCCAUGUUUGCUCUCUAUGAAGAAAAGACCAAGGUCAUAUGGGUUCAGAACAACAUAAGAGUGAGUAAAUUACAGAAUUUUCAUUUAUGAGUGAAUUAUCAAGAACUCAUUUGUAUUCAUUGUGGUAUUGUUUAGGACCUUCAUUAUACCUUUGAGGUAUUAUU